AUGACGGAGAAGAAUCUGCCUAUAAGUAUGGCGGCGAGCGCUAUUGCCCUGCGCGGGGUUCGGCUGUUCCUGUCAGCUGGGCGGGCAGCAGCUGGGCGGGCGGCAGCUGGGCGGGUGGAUCCGCCCAAACGCAAGACCAAGCUCCCCGGAAACAAGAUACACCAAGACGCUCUGGAGAUCCUGCUCAGGGCUACAAGGUUUAAUAAACAGGAGUUGGAGGCACUUCACUGUAUGUACAAGAAGCUGGUCCUCGCCGCCCAGAGCGCCGCGCCCAGCACCGGCAUAUCGCAGCCAAACAAGCUGGAUGGAAUAGAACAGAACACAUUUCGUGAUGUCAUGCACAACACUUUCGACCUGGUGACCGAAGAGGUGAUAGUAGACCGAGUGUGGGUGACUUGGGAGAGGGGUAACGGUGGUGAGGGAUCCAUCAAGUUUGACGCCUGGGUCCGGGGACUCAGCGUGAUGCUGCGAGGCUCCGAUGAUGAGAGGAUCUCCCACUGCUUCGCCGUGUACGAUCUGAAUAACGAUGGCUUUAUUACGCGGGAUGAAAUGUUUAUAUUGCUGAAGAAUUCUCUUCUGAAGCAGCCUGGUGACGAGGAUCCCGACGAGGGGGUCCGGGAUUUAGUGGAAUUAGUACUAAAGAAACUGGAUAUUGAUAAAGAUGGUAAAAUAUCCAUGGAGGACUACAGGGAGGCCGUGCAGCAAGAACCUUUGCUGCUGGAAGCGUUUGGCCAGUGUCUACCGUCAAAGAGACAUGCUGCGACUUUUCUCAAGACUCUUAGUAAUAAGUAG